AUGGGAGAACCCUUCUGGUAUAGUUUAGCUCUUAUCAUCUUCACCUUGCUUCUCAAGCUCUCCAUUGCUAAAAUUACCCAAAAACACAACAACUUGCCACCAAGCCCACCAUCUCUUCCCAUCAUCGGCCAUCUUCAUCUUGUAAAACAACCAAUCCACCGAACACUCCAAGCUCUUUCCGAAAAAUACGGCAAAGUUCUUCUACUCCGCUGGGGUUCACGCAGAGCCCUCUUGGUUUCUUCGCCUUCGCUAGCAGAAGAGUUUUUCACAAAGCAUGACAUCAUCUUCGCCAACCGCCCACGCUUUCUUAUCGGAAAACACUUAGGCUACGACUUCACAACAGUCAUUGUAGCUCCCUAUGGAGACCUCUGGCGCAACCUCCGCCGCAUAAUGACCCUUGAGCUCUUCUCCGCUUCUCGCCUCGCCCAGUUUUCGAGUAUCAGACAAGGAGAAGUCCGUUUGCUACUGCAAGAGAUAAUGAAGAGUUGCACAGAGAGCAUGACAAAGAUCGAACUCAUGUCAAAAUUUACGGAGCUUUCAUUUAAUGUGAUUACGAUGAUGGUUGUGGGAAAGAGGUUCCACGGUGAAAAUGUUUUGGAUGCUGAAGAGGCUAAGAAUAUACAGAAAGUUAUUAGGGACGGAGUGGACAUAUCUGGGGCUACAAAUUUGGGAGACUUUUUCCCGUUCUUACAAUGGAUGGAUAUAACGGGGAUUGAGAAGAAGAUGAUGAGGUUGAUGGCAAAGAUGGACAGCUUUUUGCAGGGCUUGGUUGACGAGCGUCGCGAAACUUUGUCUGCAAAUUGUGGAUCGAAUGGGAAAGAGGUGAAGAAGUUGAUGAUUGAUAACUUGCUGGCGCUCCAAGAAACAGAGCCCAUGUUCUACACUGACGAAAUAAUCAAGGGAAUCAUUCUGGUGGUGCUGGGAGCUGGGACUGACACGUCAGCAACAACCAUAGGUUGGGCAAUGGCGCUGUUGCUGAACCAUCCAGAGGAAAUGCAGAAAGUGAGAGCUGAGAUAGAAACCAAGGUUGGAGAAAAGCGUGCAUUGGAAGAGCAGGACUUGCCAAAGCUGAGUUACUUACAAAAUGUGAUCAAUGAGACACUUCGCUUGUACCCACCUACUCCACUUCUAUUACCUCAUGAAGCCUCUGAGGAUUGUGUGGUGGGGGGAUUUGAUGUGCCACGUCAUACUAUGUUAUUUAUUAAUGCGUGGGCCAUCCAUAGGGACCCUGAGCUGUGGGAGGACCCCACAGAAUUUAGGCCAGAGAGGUUUGAAGGGUGGAGUGGUGAGGGUUCUGAAGGGUACAAGCUAAUUACGUUUGGGGCUGGAAGGCGUGGAUGUCCAGGGGCUGGGCUUGCAAACAAGUUGAUUGGAUUGGCACUCGGAAAAUUGAUUCAGUCAUUUGAGUGGGAGAGGAUUGGUGAAGAUGAUGUGGAUAUGACAGAAGGUUUGGGGCUUAACAUGCCAAGGGCCGAGCCCUUAGAGGCUAUGUGCAAACCGCGCCCAAUCAUGCUAAGCUAA